GUCAAGGAAGAGACGGGCCAAAUAGAAAGAAGCAAGAACUCCUCCUCCUUGAUCCAAAUUCCGAAAUCUGGAAAAUAAAUCAUCAACAAGAUCCCUUUUUUCCGUCUCCUCCCUCUACAAAUCCUUAUCCUUCCAUGGAUUCACCCUCAAAAUCCCACCUUUUUGGCUCUUCGAUCCGCAAAGCUCCCUUCUUGGCUUUCCUACUCUUCCUCUCCCUUUCCCCUUCCCUUGCUUCCGAUGAGCCGACGGUCUACGAGAUGCUGGAGAAAUACGGCUUCCCGCCAGGGAUCCUCCCCCGCGGCGCGCAGGGCUACUCCUUGAACCAAGACGGGCGCUUUGAGGUCUACCUCAGCGGCGACUGCGAGUUCAAGGUCUCCGGCGGCUACCUGUUGCAUUACAACAAGAAGAUCUCCGGCACGGUCCGCGCAAGGGCGUUGACAGGCCUCGGAGGGGUCAGCGUCAAGAUUCUCUUCUUCUGGUUGGGGAUCAACGAGGUGGUGACGAGCGGAGAUGAGCUCCUUUUCUACGUCGGCCCCCUCUCGGCUUCCUUCGCCUCUUCCAACUUCGAGCAGUGCCCUACCUGCCGCUGCGGACACGAUUGCGCCGCCACCGCCACCGCCACCGCCAUCACCACUGCCGCCGACGAUGUUUUAGUUUCUGGUUAUUAGUAUUCCUCAGUUGUUUACUUCUACUGCAAAGCUUGGAACUUUCUUUAUGAACCAUUAUUUUUUGAAUUAUAUUAUAGGAUUAAUCCAUAUCAAUUGAUCUUUUGAUAA